GUGGGACUCCAGUGAGAGGGCAGAAAAAUACAGAACUGAGGAAUAAUUCAGGUGGAAGAGGAUGGAAAAUAUCAGGUCCUUGUUGUCAGUUAUGAAAGGACCGCGCACCUUCUACGGUCCACCGUCGGAUGCCGAGGACGAAGUAGAGAACGUGGUGGAGAUGAAGCUGACAGAAGAUGAGGAACCGGAGCCUUUAUUCAUGACCGACAUGGCGAAGCUCAUCACCUGGAAGCAUGAAAACAAGAGGAAGGCCCUGGUGUUCUGGGUGUUGGCCUUGCUCCUGUUGUUGGUUGUCGCAUUUCUCCUUGGAUACAUCACUUUUCGCAACACCCGUAGAACAUGUCCAGCAGAUACCAUGGCGGGUAUGGCCGUGGUGAAUGACUACGACGACUUUUCCCAGGACACGGACUAUAGCUCACAAUCCUUCCUCCACUGGACGGAUCUCAAGACCAUGCUGGAAAAAUAUAUCAAAAAGGAGCAGAUCAUCAACAACAUCAGGUUGAUGAGCGAGGAUUCUCACCCGGUGGGCUCGCGGGUGCUCAGCCAGCUGAACGAGGUCAUCCUCAACAAGUUUCACUCCUUCAACCUCAACCACGUCUGGACAGACUCGCACUACGUCACCCUGCCCUUCCCAGACAGCUCAUCCCCCAACUACCUGUGGCUGAUGGACUCGAACGGAGAUAUCCAGGAGAAGAUUGAGGCACUGGACCAGACUAGUUUCCUCGCGUACAGUCCAAGCGGGAACGCCACGGGAGGCCUUGUGUUCGCUAACUACGGACUACAUCGGGACUUCAGGAAACUCAGUCAAUGGGGCGUCACAGUACGAGGCAAUAUCGUUCUCAUCCGGAUUGGGAAAAUUAGCUUUGCUGAGAAGGUGGCUGCUGCCCAGCAACACGGUGCGAUCGGAGUCCUGCUCUACCCUGCUGACACACCGCAAGUGCCCAGGGGCUCAGGACCCCCCUGGAUAGCCACUGUUUCUGGACACGUGCAUCUCGGCACAGGUGACCCAUUCACUCCUGGUUUCCCUUCCUUCAACCACACACAGUUCCCCCCCGUGGAGGCGUCCGCUCUUCCGAAAAUUCCAGCACUGACCAUCAGCGCCAAGGUUGCUUCCAACCUCCUCAGUAAGAUGCGAGGGAAGAGUAUCCCCAGAGAGUGGAACGUGGGCUCCUCUUCCCUGAGCAGGUACUCGCUGGGCCCCCAGCUCUCUCGGGCUGGCACCCGGCUGCAGAUGGGCGCCUACAGCCGCAUGAUCCCCACCAUGAUAAACAACAUUUUUGGAUCCAUCGAAGGCUUUAUGGAACCUGAUCGCUACAUCAUCUUGGGGGCUCAGCGGGACGCCUGGGGUCCUGGCGCAGCAAAGUCCGGAGUGGGAACGGCCAUCCUCCUAGAGCUUGCCAAGGCCAUGUCCGAAAUGGUCAUGAAUGGGUUCAGACCACGACGGAGUCUCCUGUUUGCAAGCUGGGAUGCUGGCGAGUACGGUAGCAUUGGAGCAACUGAAUGGCUGGAGGGUUAUUUGACCAUGAUGCAUCUGAAGGCAGUAGCUUAUUUCAGCCUGGAUCGAGCAGUUUUGGGAGACGACACCCUAGUUGCCCAGUCCAGUCCGCUGCUCCACCAGCUGAUCGAGAAAGUGAUGAAGCAGGUUGGAAGCCCAAACCAGGGAGCACAGAACCUCUACAACCAGAUUGUAAACCAGGUUCCCAAAUUUAGAGAGAAAAUUAUACAGCCCCUCACAAUGGAGAGCAGUGCCUACCCCUUCACCGCCUUCGCUGGGGUACCUGCCCUGGAACUCAACUUCAGAGAGAGUGGCCAGGCCUAUCCAUUCCUCAACACCGAGAAGGACACCUUUGAGCGCCUCAACAGUAAGCUGAACGGCAGGCUGGGCGAUUUCAGCGAGGCACUGGCACAGCUUGUUGGCCAGAUGGUGAUCAAACUGUCCCACAACGAACUGCUGCCCCUCAAUUACCGCUCGUACAGUGAAGUGAUCCUCAAGUAUCUGUUGCAGCUCAAGACAUUAUCAGAGGAAUUGAAGAGCCGGGGUCUCACCCUCCAGUGGCUGUUUUCAGCGCGAGGGGACUUCAACCGAGCAGCCGAGCGGCUCAACAACCUGAUCCUGUCCUCGGAUGAGAAGGACGAGCGUCUUGCCCGAAUCUACAACAACAAGAUCAUGAGGGUGGAAUUCUACUUCCUCUCACAGUACGUGUCAGCCACCGAAACCCCUUUCCGCCACAUCCUGCACGGGCGGGGCAACCACACCCUGGAGGCGCUCACCACCCACUUCCAGCUCCUGCAGGAGGACCCUGACCGCUUCGACGAGGCCGUCUUCCGCCGCCAGUUGGCCCUCAUCACCUGGACGUUGCAGGGAGCCGCCAACGCACUCAGCGGGGACGUCUGGAGUCUCGGCAACAACAACUUCUGACCGGCUGGACGUCGCCCAGCUCGUCCAGACAACCCCUCCCUCCUGCUCCCUACAAGGAGGUGCAACUGUCAUCUCUACACCCCACCCUUGCCCCUUUCUCAUCUGCAGCACCUCUCUCCCUCACAGGAAACCUCCUCCCCAGCAUCACCCCUCACCCAAAUUAUACCCCUCGCUCUUGCCCUCCUUCCCCUUAUCCUCUUCCCAUCACACCCCUCUUGCCACCUCCCACCAUAAAGCCCUCCUCCCUCUUGCCUCAUUAACCCCAAUAGCAUGCUUCCCUCACCCUCCUUCCCUUUACUCUUUUUCCAUGACCUCCCCUUUGCCACCUCCCUCCAUAAAACCCUCCUCCUCUUUGCACCUCCCUCCAUAAAAUCCUCCCUCGUCCCAUUAACUCCUACAACUCCCUUUGCUCUUGCCCUAUCACCCUCUAUAACACCCCUCACUCGCCCCCUCACCUUUUGCCACACUACCCACUGUAACAUACCAGUCCUCUCACCUAUUAGCCCCUAUUACACCUCUCCCUCCUGCCCCUACCCUGUAACACCCCUCCAGAACCCACCUGUUCUGCAACCUUCCUUUCUUCCUGCCCCCUCCUCUACUAAAAACCCUUCCUUCCUGCCCCACCUACAACCCCUGUUGCUUCUCUACACCUACAACUGCCCAUCUUGCCUCCCUUCCCUUACAGCACACACCCCUUUUUCCCUCGUGCUCCUCCUGCAAUCCUCCUAAUCCCCACUCCAUUUCUACACCUCCUCACGUCCCCUCCCUCAGCCUCUGUGUCCUGCCUUCCAGUUGUUCCCAUCGCCCUGCCCCUCAAAAUCAUCCUCCUCCUUCCUCAGCCUCCCCACCAUUGCUCAACCUCUCUCCCAUUACUUUUGUCGAAGAGUGUAGUGCGAUGGUGUCCCACAGAAACUCAGUCAGUUCUGGAAGCUUCGGAUCAGAGCUAAUGGGAAAA